AUGGUUUGGGAAUUGAACCUAAAUGAUUUUGGGUUUUCAGCCUCCAGGGGAAAGUCCAACGAGAAAGUCCAUGUUUAUUCUCUUAUUGUUGGCUGCAUCUCUGUUGUGUUUGAUCCAUUCACGGCACAUUACCAAUAUCCAUGUCAUUUCCCUGAGGAUUACAUGAAGUAUUCCGUGUUUAUAGACCAAGACGAGGUCAAGCUGUCAGGGGUGAAUGUGAUAGAGAGGCUUAUGAAGAUCCCUCGAAAAGAAAGGCAAGAAAUGAGGAAGUAUGUUAUUGAUGAGUUGAUGCCUAUGUUGGUUUAUGCAAUUGCUAACGCCAAGUUGGAGAAAUUUGAAGAUGCAUUCACUCUAGCUGUGAAUAAUAUGCUUGAAAGGUUGAUUAGCAGAUUUCCAUGA